AUCAAACUCCUGUCUCCUGUCACAAUCACGACAAUCACACCUAACCCAACUUUUCCAUUGAUAACUCAACAGAUUUGCAAAUAAAUAUGUUAAUUACGCCCAUUUUCCGCUAUCGCAUUACAAUUUUAGCGACGUUAUUAAUGCAGACGAAGUAGGCGUUGCGUUCAUCGUAAAACCGGAGCUCCAACAUGAUGGUGCCGUUACUGAAGCACCCCGAAAUGAACUUCGGGGCCAUAACGUUCUUCGCGCGACAGCACAAGGAAGAUAUGUGCGGCAGCAACGGCUUACCGCUCACCCCGAACUCCAUCAUAAUAUACGGAAGAGCCCAAAAGUUGAAGACGAUUAAAAGCCCCUACCUCUGCCAAUAUCUCGAUAUUAUUCGAGGAAAACACGAACGAACGAUCGUAGUAUGCCAAUAUUGCGGAGUUCCGUUAUCGAAUUAUCUGGAGAAGAAGAAAUUUACGCUCGAUGGUAUAAAGCGAAUAGCAUAUCAAAUACUCCAUGGUCUGAAGUUGCUGCAUGAACGGAACAUCGUUCACAGGAAUCUCAGUUGCGAGAAUAUCCUUCUGCAAGGAGAAAACAUUAAAAUGUUUAAUUAUGGAUUGUAUUAUUUAACGGAUAAUGCAAAACUAGUUUCAUUUCCAGUAGUCCAAUUAUUGUAUGCAGCUCCGGAGAUCUAUUUAGACGGGAUUCACAACAGUCUUCCGAAUCCUGCGGUAGACGUUUGGGCAGUGGGCAUAAUUCUAAUAGAACUCAUAUUGGAUAAAAGUUUGUGGAGUUCGCUGAAAGUCGGGCAAAGAAUUCGAAAAAUCCUAAGCCUGCUGCAAUCGAAUUCGUCCGUUUUCGAACGUAUUGCUCGAGAACAUAACGCUUACGAAGAAUACUUGAACGUUCCUGAAGAUCUCAAGGAAAUGAUAGAAUCCGUUCUUAACAUCGAUCCGACGAAACGACCCACGUGCGAAGAGCUCCUACGGAAUAAGAUAUUCAGCCAGUUUCAAACGGAACAAGACAGCGGUGAUAAAGAGUUGAAAAAUUUCGAAAUAUUCACCAUACACGAGUUGUAUCAUUGGUGGCAGCUCGCCGGAGGAGACGUGCUGCAGGAACUGAAGAAACAAGGCCUUAUAAGAUCGAGUCCACCGAUUCUAUCGUUACCUCAUUUGGUGCUAAUCGAAGGGAAUAUUUUGGGACAGGAGAGGAACCCGGCUACGUUGUACGAUCCGAGGGUCGUGCAAAUGCCUUUGGACACUCUGUAUCAAAGAUUCGAGAAUAUACCGUUGUCGUCUUUUUAUCCAUUGAUUCGAAUCAAAUCGGAUAUAAUAUCCCAAUUCGAACCGCAACCGUAUGAUGCAACCGGUUUACCUUUGAUUAUCAAAGAACGCGACCCGGAGUACCAGUUUCAUAGAAUCAUACUAUUUCGCCGGCUUUUGCAUGGGUAUCCGUUCACCAAGGAUCUCAUAAGGAAGGAAGCCGAAAAGGACAUUCCUCCGUUACUGAGAGGCGAGAUUUGGGCCGCUUUGUUGGAUAUAAAAUGCGAUUACAAGUCGCGGUAUAUGAAAUUGGAUAAAUACUCGAUAACUCCGACCGAUAGGCAGAUUGAAGUCGAUAUUCCUAGAUGCCAUCAAUACAACGAGUUGCUUUCGUCGACCGAAGGGCACAAGAAGUUGAAGAGAAUUUUGAAAGCUUGGGUGUUUCAAAAUUCCAAGUACGUUUACUGGCAAGGUUUGGAUUCCCUGACGGCUCCGUUUCUGUACUUGAAUUUCAACGAUGAAGCGAAAGCGUUCGCUUGUCUGUCGGCGUUUAUACCGAAAUUCCUCUACAAAUUUUUCCUCAAAGACAAUUCACCAGUGAUCGAGGAGUAUUUGGCCAAAUUUUCGCAAUUGAUCGCCUUCCACGAUCCCACUCUCGCCAAUCAUUUGUACGAAAUCAAUUUCUACCCGCAACUAUUCGCAAUACCUUGGUUUCUGACGUUGUUUUCGCAUGUGUUUCCUCUCUACAAAAUUCUACACCUGUGGGAUAAAGUUCUACUGGCGAAUUCUUCGUUUUCACUGCAUAUAGGCUUAUCAGUGUUGACCCAACUCAGAGACAGAUUGCUCAGUUCUGGAUUUAACGAAUGUAUUUUGCUGUUUUCGGAUUUGCCAGAGGUUGAUAUCGAAAAAUCCGUCGUUUUGUCUACAGAAACGUUCAAAGCGACACCUACAAGCAUCACGGCAAGAGAGCAUGAUAACGAUGAGUACCGAACAAAGGAUGAAUAUGAUAUUACAGGGGUGACUUUGAGCGAUUUAAAACGAGAAAGGUACCCGCGCGUUAGCGCUCGAGAUGUGAUAGAUAUGAUUCGAACAAACCCUCGUAAAAUUCUGGUGAUUGAUAUCAGAAAUAUGGUGCAGUUUAACCGUUGCUGUAUAAUUAACAGCAUUAAUAUUCCGUUUUCGAGCGUUUCGUUUACGGAGAAUAAAAUCGAAAAUGUUGGGAGUAAUAGUGCGAUUUUGGAGCACAGUAAAGAUAAAGUUGUUGUCGUUGUUGGAGAUGAAGAAACUGAUUUAGAAUUGGUAUUCAAUUAAUUUAUUCUUCAAGUUUGAAUUGUAUUUAUAUCGUUUUUGUUUCAGUUUCCCACGUUUUUAUUGAGGUGCAACGUGAAGAAAGUUUGCGUUUUACACGGAGGAUUUAACGUUUUAUUAUCAGUUUCACCCACCAUUUUAAUGUCUCAGAAUAAUUUAAUCGGAUAGCGAAAGAUGUGAUACUAUUAGCCCGCUUUAUAUGUGUUAAUUUAAUUUGAACAAAUUUUUCCUUAUAUUUAUAUUUUAUAUAAUCAAUUUUUACAAAAAAAGUUUAAUUCGAUUUAAAUCUAAUGAAAUAUAUAUUUGAUUGUAAGUCGGUGCACUAAAUAAGGAAUUAAUCGGAGCAAUUUGAAUGUAUUUGCUCAAUAAAA